GAUUGGCUGAGUUGACGGGCAGGUAGUGAGGCGGCUGUGCGACAUAAACAAGACACUGGUGCCUCGAUACGCGCUAACGAAGUGAACAUAUCUAGAUGAGGAACUUCGCGGCGUCCGGAUAACCACGACGAGACUUUGUUGCAGUUGUCCAUCACAAGGUCAGACAUGAGGCUCUGCUCACCUCUUCUGCUCUGCCUGGCAGCAGCCCUGUCCUCUGCCUUUGUAAUUUCAUCAACACAAAUGUGGACCAAACUGAUCUUGACCCACCACUGGCCAAGUACCUUCUGUGUUAUGGAACCCUGUCAUCCCAACAUUAGCUACUGGACACUACAUGGACUCUGGCCAGAUAAAGGGGUUGAGUGCAACUCAUCAUGGCAUUUCAACUCUUCCCAAAUAGAGGACCUGCUUCCUGACAUGGAGAAAAGUUGGCCUGACUUGCUUCACCCCUCAUCUACUGGCUUCUGGAAAUACGAGUGGCACAAACAUGGUACGUGUGCAGCCAAAGCGGCGUCUCUGGAUAGUCAACAUAAAUACUUCAGCAAGGCUCUGGAACUAUACCACAAAGUGGAUUUGGAUAGCAUCCUGAAGAAGUUUGACAUCACCCCUUCAGACAAAUACUACACAUUUUCACAAAUUGAAGGAGUCAUAGAGAACUUCUACCGUGUUAAACCUAAGAUCCAGUGUGUCCACCCAUCAAAGAAUGCUGAUGCCCAGAUUUUGGGGCAGAUUGAGAUCUGUUUCAACCCUGACUUCACCCUCCUGGACUGUGAUAAACAUGGAUACUGGGACAAUCGCAUGGCUGGUGAUAAGGCAUCUGGGUUCAGUGUGUGUGACCACGAUACUCCAGUUUACUACCCACCUCUUCAAUAAAACACAUACAUGUGCAAACUGGAUUGCAGCAACUCACUACAACCCUACUUUUACACACAUUUGCACAAAGACAUAAAAAACAAAUGCUUUUUUUGAUAACCAGUCAACUUUACUGUAAUUUAGAAUGCACUCACACACUGAAUAACUAUGGUUUUAUUUUUCUCAGGCUUCACAAUGAUCACCAUAGCUUUAAUGAUGUCAAAAAUAGCCUUACACAAGCAGUGUAGACUGAAAAUAUUUUUGAACUUCAUGAAAAUGUUGGCUGGGACAAGUGCUU